UGCUGCCGGCCGCCCUCCCCGGCGCUGCCUGCGCCCUCCCCUCUGAUCAUGUUGACAUAUUCACACGGCCCGGAGUACUAGUGAUGCUUUGCUGCAGCGUUACAGUUUCCGACACCUUCUUUUUAUAACUCGGCUCUGUCCCCCUUCCACUCGACCUGUCAAAACCACGCCUAUGGAGCCUCACAAUUGGUCCGAAAGCGUCAAAGAGCCAAUCAAGGAGGCUCCAGCUCCCUUGUAACCCACAACACAUCCAUACAAUCUGGUGCACGCAGAGCACAGACUCACAGGGAAUUCUCAGAGCUGAGAGGCUCCUUCUCCCUCUCUCCCUCUCUUUCUCUUUUCCUCUCUUUCUCUUCCCCCCCCCCCCCCCCUUCCUUUCUCUUUCCCUCUCUUUCUCCCUCUCUCCUUUGCUGGAGCGCUGCUGGAGAGGAGACAGGAGUAUAAUUAUUCCAGAUUUUUUUAUUUUUAAGGUAGAGUGAAAGAGAAAGAGAAGGGAAAAAAAAAAAAAAAAAGGAAAAGGAAGAGGGUGAAAGAAGAGAUCCUGAUGGAAAUCAGGGCACCCUGACCAGCUCCUUCUUGGAGAGGGGGGAAGGCGAGGCAAAACCGAGAUUUCCCUACAAGUUUUUCCUGCUGAAGGUUGCCCAGGAGCCUUCCUCGGCCGGCGAAGGGGGGGUGGGUUUGUUUUCUUCUCUCUGCUUUCCCUCCCUUCCCAGCCUCUGCUCUGCAGCCUGACCGUACGGAGGAAAGGUGGAGGGGUGGGGGGGAGGGGGGGGGGAGAGCCAGCCACCCAAAAAGAAAACCCAGCUUCGAGCCGUCACCCUCCGCCACGAAAGAAGAGACGGGGGAUUGAGACUAACAGAAAGAAGAAGAAGAAGAAAAAAAAAGGGGAUCUCGGCUUGUCCAGCCCUUCUGCGGCAACAGGAGCAGACAGCGAACCCGGUGGAUUUCCACCCCCCCACACACCCCUUCCCUUCUUCGGCGUUUCUUUUCCAGCGCAAGGACUUCCACUCAGGACACACACAAAAAAAGAGGCAAACCGCAGAGACCGAAGGCAAAAAAAGCAGGACUAAUAAUGAACAAUCCUGUUAAUCCGCUGUCCCGAGGGCUGGGGAUGUGCCCCGGCUCGGGAAGUUGUAGGCUGUAGAAGUUCUGCCUCUCCCCCAUGUACUGUGCUGUCUAGAGCUUGUUUCCCCCCACCCUGUAUUUUUUUUUUUUUUUUGGUGCUUUCUUGUUGUUAUUAAUUUUUCUUCUUCAUGAUGUGCUGUUAGAAACCACUCCGGGACUACUCCAGCAGUAGGAAGACCGAGGAGUGGAGUGGAUGAAUAUACCGAUGAGAGAUCCAGUAAUUCCUGGGACAAGCAUGGCUUAUCAUCCUUUUUUACCGCACCGGGCACCGGACUUUGCCAUGAGCGCUGUGUUGGGACAUCAACCUCCCUUCUUCCCGGCUCUGGCUUUGCCUCCCAACGGGGCGGCUGCUCUUUCCCUUCCCGGGGCUCUGGCUAAACCCAUCAUGGAUCAGUUAGUGGGGGCUGCAGAGACUGGUAUCCCCUUUUCUUCCCUGGGUCACCAGGCAGCAGCCCAUCUGAGGCCUUUAAAAACUCUGGAGCCAGAAGAAGAGGUGGAAGAUGAUCCGAAAGUGCAUCUGGAAGCCAAAGAGCUUUGGGAGCAAUUCCAUAAAAGAGGCACGGAGAUGGUGAUUACCAAAUCGGGAAGGAGAAUGUUUCCUCCAUUUAAAGUGAGAUGCACUGGACUGGAUAAAAAGGCCAAGUACAUUUUAUUGAUGGAUAUUGUGGCGGCGGAUGAUUGUAGGUACAAAUUCCAUAAUUCCCGGUGGAUGGUAGCCGGGAAAGCUGACCCUGAAAUGCCAAAGAGAAUGUACAUCCACCCGGACAGCCCGGCCACCGGCGAACAAUGGAUGUCCAAAGUCGUCACCUUUCACAAGCUGAAGCUCACUAACAACAUCUCUGACAAGCACGGAUUUACCAUUUUAAACUCGAUGCACAAGUACCAGCCCCGGUUCCACAUCGUCCGAGCCAACGAUAUUCUCAAGCUUCCCUAUAGCACGUUCAGGACCUACGUUUUCCCGGAGACUGAAUUCAUCGCAGUGACCGCAUACCAGAAUGAUAAGAUCACUCAAUUAAAAAUUGACAACAACCCCUUUGCCAAAGGUUUUCGGGACACCGGCAAUGGAAGGAGGGAAAAAAGGAAGCAGCUGACCCUGCAGUCCAUGCGGGUGUACGACGAGAGGCAGAAGAAGGAAAACCCCACCUCGGAUGAGUCCUCCAACGAGCAGACGGCCUUCAAGUGCUUCGCCCAGUCCUCCUGCCCCGCCGUGCCUGCUGUCGGCACCUCCAGCCUCAAAGAUCUCUGUCCCAGCGAGGGAGACAGCGAUGCAGACAGCAAAGACGAUCCCUUGCUAGAAGCCAACGAGACGAGCAAAAUCAGCACGACCACAGCCACCACCUCAGCGCCUGCCAGCUCCGCCGCGGCCGCGGGAGACGACCCCCGGGACAAGGGGGGCAGCCCCUCUAAAAGCCACUUCUUCCCCAGUGACUCAGCGGGGAGUCGGAGCCGAGAGAGGACGGAGAAAGCCCCUCCGGACUCCCGGCACAGCCCGGCUACGAUCUCUUCCAGCACCCGGGGGGGAAGCCUGAGCGGCGAGGAACUGAAAAGCCCCCUCAGGGAUGGUCCCAAAGUAGAUGAGAACCGGCUGCUGGGCAAAGAGCCCUUCGCCCCCCUCACGGUCCAGACCGACAGCACGGCCCACCUGAGCCAGGGACACUUGCAAAACCUCGGCUUCCCCCCUGCCCUGGCCGGCCAGCAGUUCUUCAACCCGCUGGGGAACGGGCAUCCGCUGCUGCUGCACCCUGGGCAGUUCGCCAUGGGGGGGGCUUUCUCCGGCAUGGCCGCCGGGAUGGGCCCCCUGCUCGCUACCGUCUCCGGGGCAUCCGCCGGUGUCUCGGGACUGGACAACACGGUCAUGGCCACAGCAGCAGCCCAGGGACUCUCGGGAGCAUCGGCGGCUGCUUUGCCUUUCCAUCUGCAGCAGCAUGUCCUGGCUUCUCAGGGCCUGGCCAUGUCUCCCUUUGGAAGCCUCUUCCCCUAUCCCUACACCUACAUGGCAGCGGCGGCCGCCGCCUCCAGCGCCGCCUCCAGCUCGGUGCACCGGCACCCCUUCCUCAGCGCCGUGCGUCCGCGGCUCCGCUACAGCCCCUACCCGCUGCCCGUGCCCCUGCCCGACGGCAGCAGCCUCCUCACCACCGCCCUGCCCGGCCUGGCCGCCGGCUCCGGCGAGGGGAAAGCGGCUGGGCUGGCCGCCAGCCCCGGCUCCGUGCCCCUGGACUCCGCCUCAGACCUCACCAGCCGCUCGUCCACCCUCUCCUCCGGCUCCGUGUCCCUCUCCCCGAAACUGGGCGCAGACAAGGAGGCGGCCACCAGCGAACUGCAGAACAUCCAGCGCUUGGUCAGCGGGCUCGACCCCAAGCAGGACAGAUCCCGCAGCGGCUCCCCGUAACCCCCCCCCUCCCUCCCCGCCUUCGGGAGCUCAUUUCAAAUCAGUCUCGCAGUGCACUUUGUUUGAAAGAAACCACAUCCUCCACCCCGCGAGUGUUUGGGUUUUGUUUCGUUUGGGGUUUUUUACCCCCCGCCCCCUUUAUUUUGUCUUUUUCUUCCCCUUUAUUUUGGUUUUUUUUUUAAUAUAAAACCCCCCAGUGUUGUGUGCGCGUUUAUCAACUAAAAGGUAUCUGGUGAAGCAGGGGAAGGGGGUGAGGCGGGGCGGGGGGGGGAGAGAGGGUUAAGGAUGGAAGAGUGGAGCCGGGGUGGGAGAGCUGGGUCGGAGGCUGCUCGCAGGGAGCGGCCUGGCUGGGCCGGGUCACCGGUGGGGUUGUGGCAUCCUCUUUUCUUUCUUUUUUUUUAAUUUUGAUUUUUUUAAACUGUGUAAAAACAAUCCCGAAACGAACCAAAAACCGGGGGAAAACAAAAAAGAAAAAAAAAACAGGAAAAAACCCCAACCUUAAAGCAAAAAUAAAGAAAAAAAAAAUCAAACCAAACGUAUGGAUAAAAAAUAAGCAAGAGAAGUGAUUCGUUUUUUUUUUUUUUCCCAAAAGAGAAGUGUGUAAGUAACUCGCAUAUCGGUUCUUCAACAGUUGUUUCCUGGGCGGGUUGUGAACGACAACCCCCUUAGUCAAUAUUAAGGGAAGCUGUGUGUUUCAAAUAUCGUUGUGAUGCCUGAGAGCCAGCCGGUGGCUGGUUUUGCAUGUUCCAUAGUAGUCUGCUUUUUCUUUGGGAGGGGGGGUGGUGUGUUAUUUUUGAUUUCGGUGGGGUUUUGUUUCUUUUUGAAUGCUCGUUUCAAAUCCCAGGGAAAAAAAUAUUAUUAAUAAUAAUAAUUAAAAAAAAACAACAAAAAUAAGACCUACCUUAAACCUUUCUCCCUGUAGCAGCAACAAUAAGAAGUGUAGUUGGAAAGAGAAAAAGAGGUGAAUUUAUUUUAUCUCCAACCCUCUAGCUUGACUGUAGGUUUAUCACAGCUUUCCCUCUUUAAUUGUAUAUGCAAUAACAAGGUUUAAACAUGCUGAGAAGAAGAAAAGAGCGGACACUAUUAUUAAAACAAAGUAUUUAUGUAAUUAUUUGAUAACUCUUGUAAAUACGUGGAAUAUGAAUACUCGAAAUUAAACUUUAAUUUAUUGACAUUGUACAUAUCUCUGUAAAUACGACUGCAGCCGUCUUCUUUUGUUCCUCUUCUGGUUUUAUUUUUAGUCGUUUUCAUUUCAAGUUCGUAAUUCCUUUAAACAUACACCCCGACCCAGAGGAGAAAUCCCCCCGUUUCUGAGGGCUCACGUUUUCAAUCGGAGUUCACCCCAGCGAACCUGACCUCGUCCUCUUGUAAAGGAGCCGAACGCAAAAGGCAAAGCAGAAACAAGCAAAAUUAAUCAAAGACCUUUAAAAAAGAAGAAGAAGGAAAGAUUAAAAGGAAAGGCGAUGUGCCAUGGUAGCUUUUAAUCCUCGAUUUCUUCAGUGUUCAAAGCGCUACUUUCCGUAUAGGAUAUCAACAGAAAGUUAUACACACGACAACAGGCUUCUCCAGCGGCUUGAGAGACAGGAAAAAGACGAAGAUUCUGAAAGUGUCUUUACUUUGUAUUAUUUUUUCCCCCAUUUCCUUGGUGUGUCUCAAAAGAAAACCCCCAACCAACCCCACGAUGGAGUUUUACUACUGUGCUUAUCGUUGUCUUUGUUUGAGUGAGUGCAUAUUUUCUUGGCUUGAAAGUCAGGUGCUCAGAGCUGGUUCAAAGGAAAAACCAAAACUAAUGAAGGUAUAUUUUGUGUUAUAUAAAUGUUGAGAAGUUCUUGCUAUUUCUAUUUUUUUUUUCUGUAUUUUUCCCCCCCUUUUAAAAGUCACUGAAGUUUCAAUAAAUUUUUAUUGAAAUGUC